AUGGUGGGCAGUAUUGAGGUAGCGAGCAGUGAGCCAUAUUUGAAUGGGGCUAUACAGAAUCACAAUGGUACGGAAGAGAAGCUAGAUGAAUUUCGUAGAUUACUAGGCAAGGUAGAUGGUGAUCAGUUGAAGAUUGUUGGUGUAGGAGCUGGUGCAUGGGGAAGUGUGUUUGCAGCUUUGCUUCAAGAUAGCUAUGGUCAAUUCCGAGAUAAGGUUCAGAUUAGAAUAUGGAGAAGGCCGGGACGAUCUGUUGAUAGAGCCACGGCAGAACAUUUAUUUGAAGUGAUCAAUUCCCGGGAAGAUGUAUUGAGAAGGUUGAUCAGGCGCUGUGCGUAUCUGAAGUACGUGGAGGCACGAUUGGGUGAUCGUACGCUUUAUGCGGACGAGAUUUUGAAAGAUGGAUUCUGCCUGAACAUGAUUGAUACGCCACUAUGUCCUUUGAAGGUUGUGACUAAUUUGCAGGAGGCUGUUUGGGAUGCUGAUAUUGUAAUUAAUGGAUUGCCUUCAACUGAAACACGCGAAGUUUUUGAAGAGAUUAGCAAGUACUGGAAAGAGAGAAUCACCAUGCCGAUCAUCAUAUCAUUGGCGAAGGGCAUAGAGGCUGAACUCGUCCCUGUUCCUCAUAUAAUUACUCCUACGCAGAUGAUUAAUCGGGCAACCAGGGUACCAAUGGAGAAUAUUCUUUAUCUUGGCGGACCAAAUAUUGCCUCAGAGAUCUAUGACAAGGAAUAUGCUAAUGCUCGAAUAUGUGGAGCCGGAAAAUGGAGAAUACAGCUUGCUAAGCUCUUAAGGCAACCUCAUUUCAUUGUUUGGGACAAUAGUGACCUUGUCACUCAUGAAGUCAUGGGAGGAUUGAAGAAUGUCUACGCCAUUGGAGCUGGAAUGGUAGCAGCUCUGACAAAUGAAAGUGCUACAAGCAAAUCAGUAUAUUUUGCACAUUGCACAUCCGAGAUGAUAUUCAUCACUCAUUUGUUGGCUGAAGAACCCGAGAAGCUUGCAGGACCUUUGCUUGCUGAUACGUAUGUAACCUUGUUAAAAGGUCGUAAUGCAUGGUAUGGUCAAAUGAUAGCCAAGGGAGAACUGAGCCUUGAUAUGGGAGAUAGCAUCAGCGGAAAAGGAACUAUUCAGGGAGUUUCUGCAGUUGGAGCAUUUUAUGAACUUCUAAGCCAGUCUAGUUUAAAUGUAUUGCACCCUGAGGCAAACAAGCCAGUUGCCCCGGUUGAGCUGUGUCCAAUCUUGAAGACUUUGUAUAAAAUUCUAAUUACCAGGGAACAGGGUACGCGGGGCAUUCUUCAAGCACUACGAGAUGAGAACCUGAAUGAUCCCCGUGAUCGAAUUGAGAUUGCACAGAGCCAUGCCUUCUACAGGCCUUCACUUCUUGGGGGCAGUCUUGAGUGA